GAGGGAGACUUCCUUGGUGGCAAGCGCGUGUGGCUGCGACCGGGGAAGAAGUAUCUCUUCGGUCGGAUCAAGCAAGAUGGCGGUAAUUUGCACUCCAAUCACUGGUCGAUAUCAUGCUGACCUUCUCUCGACGCAGUUCGUCAUGCCAUCGAUCACAAGUCCAUCUCACGAAAGCAUAUGGUGAUUGAGGUAUCACCGGUUAAACCAGGCGAUGGAUCGCAUAUCUACAGCAGAUCGAAGAUUGCUGUGUGUGACUUGAAAUCAAAGUGUGGCACAGUCGUGGAUGGAAACACAAUCAAGGAUGUGCGCAAAGAGUUGACCGGAGAGGAGCACGAAAUCAAGCUGGGGAGAUACGAGUACAUGCUCCGGAUCAAGUGGCAGCCUACCGUGCUCAGCUUCUCCUUUUCGUCCAAGGAACUCAAAGCGAAAGAUCCUUUAGCACAGGUCCGCGCCCGAGUCGAGGACCUGGAUAUCAAGACAGUCGUCCCGUACGUGGUCGAUCAAACCACACACGUCGUGCAGAACAAGCGGAAUACUGCCAAGGGUCUACAGGCACUGGUGAAUGGAAAACAUAUUGUGCAGGAUUCGUAUAUCGAUGCGUUGGUAUAUGCCGCGACCCCGAGUGACCUGGAGAACCUUGAAUCGUUCUCCCCGCUGGAGGCCGAUUUCGACUCGGCAUGGCCUGAUGCGAUGGCACAUCUCCCGCCGCCAGGCAAGGAGACCACCCAGAGACCCAAGGAAGCAUUUGCUCCAAACCCCGCCCGCACCAAUGUCUUUGAAGACUAUACAUUCAUAUUCACCGAGCCUGCACAAUUUGGCAACCUGCAGGAUGUCAUCGCGAACGGCCAUGGAAAGGCUUUACUCUACGAAGUGGAACAGGGUGUUACGAAGGCUGAGGAGAUUGUGCAAUUUAUGAGAAACACGGCUGGCGACAAAGGCCUUGGGAGUCAACGAGACGAUGCUGGUGGCGUGGUGCUCGUUCGAUACCGCGCCGGUGGACGCCACGAGGCUUGGUGGAUCGAGCUGAGUCACGAGGUAGCUGUCAUGACCGGCCAGCGUGUUAUCGAACAGAGCGAGUUUCUCGAUGCGAUUCUGGGGAACGACGCUUCUCCUCUGUGUCGGACUCUACCCGAAUCCAGCGCGCCUCAGGGAACGGGACCCUCCCCCCCACAAUCCCAGCCGGCUGCUACUGCCGACGAAGUCCCAAUGGUCGAGGACUCGCAGCCUUCCGAGGACGCAAGCCGGCAAGCGACGAAGAAAUCCAAGCCCCGAGUUCGGGGGUUUGUCAGUAAAAUGAAGACGUUCGACGACGGCUUCGACAUUAAUUCUAUCCCUGCUCAUGCUCCCGAUGACGUCGCGGAUUCAACCCCCUUGAUUGAUAUGGAGCCUCCGACCCCACAGCAGUCACAAGUCCAGAGUAGCCUCCAGGAGGAGGAAGAUAUGGUCUCUAGCCUACUGCCUGGUGCCCGAGCAAUGAAACGUCGACGCGCGGAGAUAGCGCAGAGGGGCGUUGAUGAAUCGGUUUUGGAGACUAAACAGGAGCCCGUGCGGCGGGCAAAACGCCAGAAACUGGACGUACUAGAGGCAGCACGACAGCAUCGGGAGGAGGAAGAUGCCCAACGCCAGCGCCUGGCGGAAGAAGCGACCCUGCAGGACUCGCUCCAGGAUGUCAACGUGGAGCAACUUAAGGGCCUUGCGAUCGUAGAGGAGAUGGAAGUAAAACCGAGGACCACUGGCGAAGAUGACCGUCGAUGGGACGAUAGGUGGAAUGGACGCAAGAACUUCAAGAAGUUCCGAAGAAAAGGGGACCCUAGUCAGCCUCGCUAUCGCAUGCAGACGGUGAUUGUUCCGCUGGAGGAGGUGACGCGAAAGGCCUUUGGCAUUGGGGACCAUUACUGGGUCAGCAGUCGCAAGUCCCGAGAGGCCAGUCCCGCCGACAGCCCAGCGGAACGGGAAGUCAGUCAGCGCGAACCUGCGGCAUCCCGUUCGCAGUCCUCGGCCCGGGCUAAGUCGGAGACGCCCGCGCCCAGGAGCCAGACCAGAAAUCCGCCGCUGCACGAGAAACGGGCGCGUGAAGAGCGGGAUUCAGACAGCGACGAAGAGCUUCGGUUCCGGUUCCGCCGCCGGCGCUGAGUUCGUACUUAGAUCCCUCGAUGACGAAAUUGCUUUUCUCGGGAUUUUGUACUAGGGUAAUCGGUCAGCAGAUCCAUGACAGCGGGAGUCCGUGAGCCCACCACCACAUGGCAAGUGGUGGGAGAUAUGAAACGGAAUGAUGCGAUGGUGCUCUAUCUAGAUAUUGGAUAGAUUCACUGUUGUGGGGAUUCGCAUGCGGGGAAGCCGAGUAUCCAUUCCAAGGAAGUGGGUAUGCUGGGUGUCCCGAUGACGCUGUUGGGCACAAAGUAUAAACACUCAGCACCGUAUCCACUGCAGCCGGAUGAU